AUGGCCGACAUCGAAACCUCAGAAGCCGGACCCUCGGUUCCCACCGGUCCCCAACCACGUGAAGUCGUCUACUGCGCCGUCUGCACCUUUCCGCCCGAGUACUGCGAGUUCGGUCCAUCCCCUUCAAAAUGCCGUUCGUGGUUGCAAGACAAUCAGCCCGAGCUCUACUCGAAGCUCUGGUCUGAAGAAGCCAUCUCGACGAACUUGGCGAACCUCACCACCAAGCAGGCCGAGGAUCUGGAGAAGGAAGCAGCAAAGAAAGAGCGAAAGACGGUCGCCAAGGCAGAACGUGCACGUGCAGAGAUGGCUGCUUCCAGGAUCGUCUUGAAGAAGGAAGCUAGGACCAAGCGAAAGGUCACAACGAGCAUCAUUGGCCUGCAUCUGUUCAGUCCGCCGCUACCCGCACUCAAGGUUGUUGCAAAAGCUCUGUCCUCGAGAUUCGCAACAGGUGCAUCCGUAAGCAAGAGCGUCCAGAACCCAGGCGUCGACGAAAUUGUCGUCCAGGGCGAUGUCGCCGAUGACGUGCGCGAUCUCAUCCUCAGCCGCACAAAGCCUUUCCACGAGCUUCCCUCCGAAGCAGAUGGUGGUCCCUCGGAGAAGAACGUCGCUAUUGAGGAGGACAAGAAGGUCGCCAAGAAGGCUGCCGCUGCAGGUGCUGCCGCUCCUGCCGAUGAUUGA